AUGUUGGUAUAUGCUGUGCCUGGCAUCUCUUUUGAGAAGGCUCUUGCCUCUCUGAGGACCUGCAGUUGCCAGCAUGGGCUCUGCAAUGGAGCGGAAGCUGUGGGGCUUCUCUGGCCACCAGAUCUUGUUGCGGAUCCUUGCGCCAGCAACCCUUGUCACCAUGGCAACUGUAGCAGCAGCAGCAGCAGCAUCAGCAGCAGUGAAGGCUACCUCUGCAUUUGCAAUGAUGGCUAUGAAGGUCCCAACUGUGAACAGGCACUUCCCAGUCUCCCAGCCUCUGGCUGGACUGAGUCUAUGGCACCUAGACAGCUUCAGCCUGUCCCCUCUACCCAGGAGCCUGACAUAAUCCUACCCCGCUCUCAGGCAACGGUGACACUGCCAACCUGGCAGCCAAAAACAGGGCAGAAAGUUGUGGAAAUGAAAUGGGAUCAAGUGGAGGUGAUCCCCGAUAUUGCCUGUGGGAAUGCCAGUUCUAACAGCUCUGCAGGUGGCCGCCUGGUAUCCUUUGAAGUGCCACAGAACACCUCAGUAAAGAUUCGGCAAGAUGCCACUAAUUCCCUGAUUUUGCUGUGGAAGGUCACGACCACAGGAUUCCAACAGUGCUCCCUCAUAGAUGGACGAAGUGUGACCCCCCUCCAGGCUCCAGGGGGCCUUGUUCUUUUGGAAGAGAUACUCACUUUGGGGAAUAAUCACUUUAUUGGUUUUGUGAAUGACUCUGUUACCAAAUCUAUUGUGGCUUUGCGCUUAACUCUGGUGGUGAAGGCCAGUACUUGCAUGCCGGUGGAAAGCCUCACAAAUGACUUGGAGUGUUCUGGAAAAGGAAAAUGCACCACGAAGCCAUCAGAGACAACGUUUUCCUGUACCUGCGAGGACCAGUAUGUGGGAACUUUUUGUGAAGAAUAUGAUGCUUGUCAGAGGAAACCCUGCCAGAACAAUGCGAGCUGUGUUGAUGCAAAUGAAAAGCAAGAUGGGAGCAACUUCACUUGUGUUUGCCUUGCUG